AAACGAGCCCUCUCACUGGCCUAAAUUUCCCCCCUGCGUCCACAUCCCGGUCAGAUUGGGCCCGGAGGUCAGUCGGAAGCCUGCGGCUAGUGGCGAGACUGGGACCUUAGUCCGCGUAUUAGGCGCUGCAGGGAGUUGGAAAUGUGCGUCUAGAGAGGGACAGCGGCUCUUGGCACCUGCCUCCACCCACCCACCGAGGUCCUAUCCGCCCGCCUUGGCCCCCACCUGUGCUGCCCUGGGGUAGGAAAAGGAGUCUCAGCUGCAGCUUCUGACCUCCCGGGGCACCUGACUCGGGUGUAGAGCUUAGUUUUCCCCUCUGGAAAGUGGACCAGUGGCUUACAGAGGUGUGUGCCAGGGUGGACCGUGGAGGUCUGCUCAUACGGAAGCUUGUUCUUGUAGAGUCGCUCAAAAGUAGGUCCCCAAGGUUCAGAGGCGCGCGGCAUGGGUACCGAGAAUGAAAGCCCAGAACAGGACUGCCAGAAACAGUUCCAGGCCGCAGUCAGUGUCAUUCAGAACCUGCCUAAGAAUGGCUCUUACCGCCCCUCCUACGAAGAGAUGCUGAGAUUCUAUAGCUACUACAAGCAAGCUACCAUGGGGCCCUGCCUCGUCCCCCGGCCUGGGUUCUGGGACCCAAUAGGACGAUAUAAGUGGGAUGCUUGGAACAGCCUGGGCAAGAUGAGCAGGGAGGAGGCCAUGUCUGCCUACAUCACUGAGAUGAAGCUGGUGGCACAGAAGGUGAUCGACACAGUGCCCCUGGGCGAGGUGGCAGAGGACAUGUUUGCUUACUUCGAGCCCCUGUACCAGGUGAUCCCUGAUAUGCCGAGGCCCCCGGAAACCUUCCUGAGAAGGGUCACAGCAGGUUGGAAAGAGCAGGCACUGAAUGGAGACGCCAGGGCUGCCCCAGAGCUUCCCUGCCCCCCCAGGGAACCAGCACUCCCAAAUCCAGCCCCCGUCUUGUCACCAGUGUCACCUAUCCCCUCCCCAGAGUCCCAGCCACCUAGGGACCUGGACUCCGAGGUUUUCUGUGAUUCCCUGGAGCAGCUGGAACCUGAGCUGCAGGUCUGGACAGAGCAGAAGGGAGCCCCUGGAGGAGAGCCUGACACCAGAAACAGCUCCCCGCUCCCCGCAGAGAAAGAGGGCAGCCCGCUGGGGCCCCAGGAAUUGGACACGUGGCUGGUGGGGACAGUUCGGGCGCUGCAGGAGAGCAUGCGGGAUGUCCAGGGUAGACUGCAGAACCUGGAGAGCCUGCCCAGCGUCGUCGAGCAGAUCUGCUUGGCCCUCACACCUCUGCUCCUGAGCUCCUGCAGCAUCAGUCGCUGCCACCAGUCUCUGAGCCCCAACUGAGUGCCAGACAAACGCGCACUUCAUUCUCUCAUUUAAUCCGCACAGCCCUAGGAACUAGUUUUGCUUUUCAUUUCCCUUUUCCAGAAGAGGAAACCAAGUGUCUGAGAGGCUGGGUAAUUCACCUGAGGGCACACAGCCCAGAGGAACCUCACAGAGCUGCUGUGAGGCUUAGAUGAGGCAAUGUCCACCGCACUUCUCCAAUUACUAUUAUUAUUAUUCACAUCCAGUGACGGAGCUGAGAGCAGCCUCAGGUCUGUCUCCCUCCAAAGCUGGGACUCCCCAUUGACGGAGUAGGUCUGUUCUUGAGAAGCCUGGGGUGGUGGGGGCAGGAAACGGCUAAAUUGCUGGACAUGGGGGAUCACCUGGGUGACCCUGAGUCCCCUUGACACAGUGGGUGUCAGCCAGGGUGGCAGGAAUUUCCUCAGACCCAUCUUUCAACGCCCACCCCCGCAAGGCUUUAUUUAUUUAUUUUACUUCUAACUCAUUUUAUAUGCUGAAGAUUGUGAUUUCCACCCUGAAAUAGCUGGUUUUCCAUCUCUAAAAAUAAGAACAUUCCACUACCUAGCCCGAGAGGACAAUAUUUUAGCACACACUUCGUAUCGUCACAUCCCCAAUCCAAAUCGAAAUCUCCCCAGCUGUCCCGAAAUUGCCUUUUCCAGCUGCUCUGUCUGUCCAGUCCAGGCACAUGUGCUGCGUGUGGCUUCUCCGUCCUUUAAGACUCCUUUAAUCUAGACCGGUGCUUUCUCCUUGCUACUGGCUUACUGAGACUGGGCCAGUGGUCCAGGAGAAAGUUCCCUUCAGGUCUCUCUGAUUACAUCCUCCUGGCUCGUUUACAUGACCAGAUUAUGUCACAUGUGAUGUUCUGCACAUCAGGGGACACAUAUCUGGAUGUCCCACAGUUAAUGAUUCUAGCACAGACCACUGGCGUGGAUGAAGGAGGAGUGCCGGUCUGAUCUCACUACUGUUAAGUCGUGUUUUCCUCUUGCCAGCCAGGGCAUGUCCUGCUCCCCGUGACCCCAUUUGCCACGUGAUUUUUGACAAUUAAUGGAUAAGCCCUGCCUGGAUCAAUAAUUUAUUUGGAAAAAAGAAACAUUGACUUUUAAAUUCU